AUGAUAGAAGGGAAAUUAAAUGCACACCCUCCGUCAGAUGGUAGUAGAAACCCUAAAUCACAUUAUAAAAAUGGAGGGAGAGUUCAAAAUAAAGAAAAGGAUGAAAAAAAAAAUUUAAUGAAAAAUGACAAUAUAAAUAUUUCUAUUGAUUUAAAAAAAAAAGCGAAUAUGGAAUGUAUUUACAACUACAAUUCAAAAUUUAGCGAUGAAAAACAUAGUGAUAAUAAUCAGACAGAUGCAUUUACUAAUAAAAAGGAAAGAAUAUUGAAUGAAACUCAGUUAGUGAAUUCAGGGGUACAAGAUGAUUUCAUUCUGGAAAACAUGGAAGAUUCUUGUGAUAAGGAAGAACACAACAUCAGGAUUAUGGAAGUGAAAAAUUGCAACGCAAAAAAAAAUAUACUAAAAAUUUUAUACAUUCGAUUACUAUACGCCAUAAUAUUUAUAAUAUUGAGUAUACUUAUUCAGUGUUAUUUUAUCAUACUAAGUGAUACAUAUUACAACAUGGGAGACGAACCCCUAAAAGAUAGAAUUCAUGAAAUGUACAAAGAAGCACCAUUAUUUAUGAAUGCGGAAUUUAUAAACGGAAAUAUUUUAUUUUUUUUAAUUAUCACCUUGUUAAGAUUUGGAUUUUUUUCUCCAUUUAUACUCGCAAUAAGCAUGUUUAUUAGACUAACAUUAAUGUUAUCCUUUAUUUAUUUUAUAAGAUCAAUAUUUAUAUAUGUUACUACGAUACCUUGUCCCAUAGCUACAUGUCAACCAUUGAGAAAUAAAAAUAUUCUUGAAAAUUUAUAUUCAGCAUAUCUUAUUAUUACCGCACAAGUAUAUGAAUGUACAGAUUUGAUUAUCUCUGGACAUACAGCUUUUACCACCGUUUUAAAAUUAUUUUGGAUGUUUUAUGAAAAGAAACUUUUCAUAAAGACAAUCUUAUUUUUUUAUUGUUUAUUUAUUUAUGCUAUGAUAGUAAUUUCAAAAUUUCACUACACAGUUGAUGUUCUCAUGGGGUACGUUUUUGGAUCCACCGUUUUUAUAUUCUAUCACACCCUUUUGGAAAUUGCAGCCAAGCGAUAUGCCAGACAUAGGUCCUUUUCCAUCAGAAGUUCUAAUUACGCAUCUUCUUUUGUAGAGAGAUGUUCAUUGUUCAAUUGUUUCAUUCGCGUAAUAGGAUAUCUUGAAGGAUUAGACCACAGGCUGAACAUGGCAAUUUCUUUUAACAAGGAAUGGGAAUGUUUCUGCUCAUGUAAGCCAGUCAAUGCUCAAGGUCUCAUAGUAAAAAAGACAACUGUUGUUAACAACGAAGAAUAUUUCGAUUUUAGUGAUCAUUUUUAUCAUUCUUAUGCCGGAAGCGGAACCUUUGAUUCAUCAACCGUUAAGAAUAUACUAAACGAAAUUAAGUACCUCUGUGGAAUCAGAAAAAAGAAUUAA